AUUGCUGGAAGCUCCGCCCAGAGCGGACAUAACGGUCCGCUAGCGGCUCCUGGACCGGAAGUGGAGGCGAACUGCUGCGGGGCGCGUCGGCCUUGCUCAACGCCCGGCCGUUUCCGCCGCUGCUGCCGAGGUUGCUGCCGAAGCUUUCCGCCGCCGCCAUGUCCGCUAGCGCCGUCUACGUGCUGGACCUAAAGGGCAAGGUGCUCAUCUGCCGGAACUACCGCGGUGAUGUGGACAUGUCAGAGGUAGAGCACUUCAUGCCCAUCCUGAUGGAGAAGGAGGAGGAGGGCAUGCUAUCACCCAUCCUGGCUCACGGCGGCGUCCGCUUCAUGUGGAUCAAGCACAACAACCUCUACUUGGUUGCUACCUCCAAGAAGAAUGCAUGCGUGUCGCUGGUGUUCUCCUUCCUCUACAAGGUGGUGCAGGUGUUUUCAGAAUACUUUAAGGAGCUGGAGGAGGAGAGCAUCCGUGACAACUUUGUCAUCAUCUAUGAGCUGCUGGAUGAGCUCAUGGACUUCGGCUACCCGCAGACCACAGACAGCAAGAUCCUGCAGGAGUACAUCACUCAGGAGGGCCACAAGCUGGAGACGGGGGCCCCACGGCCCCCUGCCACUGUCACCAAUGCAGUAUCCUGGAGGUCCGAGGGAAUCAAGUACCGGAAAAAUGAGGUGUUUUUGGAUGUCAUCGAGUCAGUCAACCUCUUGGUCAGUGCCAACGGGAACGUGCUGCGCAGCGAGAUCGUGGGCUCUAUCAAGAUGCGGGUCUUCCUGUCGGGCAUGCCCGAGCUGCGCCUGGGCCUCAACGACAAGGUGCUCUUCGACAACACAGGCCGCGGUAAGAGCAAGUCCGUGGAGUUGGAGGACGUGAAGUUCCACCAGUGCGUACGGCUCUCACGCUUCGAAAAUGACCGCACCAUCUCCUUCAUCCCACCUGAUGGCGAGUUCGAGCUCAUGUCCUACCGCCUUAACACCCAUGUAAAGCCCUUGAUAUGGAUCGAAUCUGUCAUUGAGAAGCAUUCACACAGCCGCAUUGAGUACAUGAUUAAGGCCAAGAGCCAGUUCAAGCGGCGUUCAACAGCCAACAAUGUGGAGAUCCACAUCCCAGUGCCCAACGACGCCGACUCACCCAAGUUCAAGACCACCGUGGGCAGCGUCAAGUGGGUGCCAGAGAACAGUGAGAUUGUGUGGUCCAUCAAGUCCUUCCCGGGUGGCAAGGAGUACCUGAUGCGUGCGCACUUCGGCCUGCCCAGCGUAGAGGCGGAGGACAAGGAGGGCAAGCCCCCCAUCAGUGUCAAGUUCGAGAUUCCCUACUUCACCACCUCUGGCAUCCAGGUGCGCUACCUGAAGAUCAUUGAGAAGAGCGGCUACCAGGCCCUGCCCUGGGUCCGCUACAUCACCCAGAACGGAGAUUACCAGCUUCGGACCCAGUGAGGGGCCACACCUGCUCCCCGGAAGCACCUGCCAAGCAGCUGGAUUGAGGCGGGAGUCUGGACCCGGUGCCCUCCCCAGCCCCCCAGGACCUCCCCGCGGGCUCCACUCUGCCUCCAACACUCUGGGUGGUAGACACAGUCUUGUCUGGGACAUCUUGUCUCUGCCCCUCUUCGUCCAACUAGGGAGGUCACUCACAGAUUGUUCUGCCGUGUGGCUCCCUGGUACCAAGAAGAUCAAGAUGCACUUGCCAGAUGCUGGCUGCACGUGCCACCUGCCACCGCCUGCCACCAGGGCACGCUGGCUCUGCUGGGAUCUUGGGGGUGUUGCACUGUUGCUGUUUUUGUUCAUGUUGUUUGUAGGUUUAUGAAUUUCUACUUGUUGGUUGGUUGCUAUGUUAUAACCGAUAACUGCAUUGUGCAAGUGCCCACCCUGCCAGGGCCAUGCAGGAUCCCUGUCCCCACAUCCCCACUUCCCGCAUCCUGACAGCCUCAAACAGCACUUAGUGAGGGCAGGGCCAGCCCUCUCCUCCUGAAAACUAGCCUCAUCUUCCUCCCAUGCAGCUGAUGGGUGAGCUUACUUGCAGGGUUCAGCUUCCCUGCGUGCCUCCCAGCCCCAUCUCAUGUGCUGUGACAGUGGUGCCCUCCAGGGCCAGCCCGUGCCACACCCACACCACACUCGGCCACAUCAGUCUUUCUCUCCCAGGGGACAUGGGUCUGUGAAGGGGGCUGGCCCAGUCUCUUCUCGCCAAGGGUCCAGGAGGGCCCGGGCCAGCUCAUCUGUGCCUGGUCCCUGCCCACCUGUGUGUGUUC